GCCGCCUCCUCCUGCUCCUCCUCUCCCGGGCCGCUCGCACCGCCGGACCUCGCGCAGCCCCGGGCGCCCCGCCCCCGGCCCUGCCUCAGUUUCCCCGGCAGCCCGGGCGCGCAGAAUACCGCGAGAGUUGGCCCCGCCCCCGCGCAGCUGUCAAAGGGGGGCGGAGCGCGCAUGUGCGCAGCCUCGGCCCGCGCCGCCGGACCCGCGUCCGCCCCGGCCCGGCCCGGCCCGGCCCGCGCAGCCCGCUGGGCGCCGCGGCUGCAGAGAUGGCAGACCCCUUCUGUGCUGGCGGAGGCCGCCGGCUCCCAGGGCCCAGCAAGAGCGGGCGAGAUGGUGGCCGGAACGAGGUUCGACUCCCUUCACUGCACGAGCCACCGCGGCUGGGGAUGCCCGUGGCCCAUGGCGGGCAGACACUCCCCGGCCAAGCCCCGCUCUGCUUUGAGCCAGGAAGUGCCGCCAGUGACAGGACCGAAGGCAAGAAAAAGGGGCGUCCGAAAGCGGAGAACCAGUCGCUCAGGGAUAUCCCGCUCUCCCUGGUCAACCAGUGGAAAGAUGAGUUCAAGGCGCACUCGAGGGUGAAGUGUCCAAACUCGGGGUGCUGGUUGGAGUUCCCCAGCAUCUACGGGCUCAAGUACCAUUACCAGCGGUGCCAAGGGGGCGCCAUCUCCGAGAGACUGACCUUCCCCUGCCCCUUCUGCGAGGCAGCCUUCACUUCCAAGACCCAGCUGGAGAAGCAUCGCCUCUGGAAUCACAUGGACCGGCCCCUGCCCGCCCCCAAGCCCGGGCCCGUCAGCCGGCCGGUCACCAUCAGCCGGCCGGUCGGGGUCAGCAAGCCCAUCGGAGUGAGCAAACCAGUGGCUAUAGGCAAACCUGUGGGGGUCAGCAAGCCCAUUGGCAUCAGCAGGCCCGUGCCAGUCACCAAGUCUGGCCCGGUCAGCAGACCCGUGACCGUCAGCAGGCCCGUGCCUGUCUCCAAGCCGGUACCAGUGACGAAGCUGGUGACAGUUGCAAAACAUGUGCCGAUCACAAAACCUGUGACGGUCAGCAGGCCCCUGGUGGUCAGUAAGCCAGUGACGGUCAGCAGGCCCCUGGCCGUGGGCAGGCACACCCCGCCCUGCAAGGUAGUGCUGCUGAGCAGGUCUGAGAACAAGGCCCCCCGCGCCGUGGGCAGGAGCGGCAGUAAGAAAAGGGCUUCGGACAGCCUGGACACCUGCCCCAUCCCGCCCAAGCAAGCGAGGCCAGAGAAUGGGGGGUACGGCCCAUCAGCCCCUGGCCAGAGCUCAGCCCUCCUGCUGGGCAUGGGGGCCAGGCCCUUGGCGAGCAAGGAAGUGUCUCGGUCCACAGGCCCCAUCUCCCCGAUGGAGGAGGGCGCCGAGCGGACGAAGCACAGAAGGAAACAGAAGACACCCAAGAAGUUUACAGGCGAGCAGCCGUCCAUCUCCGGGACCUUCGGGCUCAAAGGCCUGGCCAAAGCAGAGGACAAGUCCCGCGCACACCGGGCCAAGAAGCAGGAGGGGCCCGGACCGGAGGACGUGCGGAAAAAAGUGGCCCCCGCCGGCACCCUUGGCACAGAGGCACCAGCCCCUACAACCCAUCUUGCCUCAGGUGGCCCCGAGGAACCGUGGCUGCAGGCCAUUCACGAGCGGGGCGAGGCUGUGUGCCCCACCUGCAAGGUGGUCACCCGGAAGACCCUGGCCGGGCUGCAGAAGCACAUGGAGGUGUGUCAGAAGCUGCAGGACGCGCUCAAGUGCCAGCACUGCCGGAAGCAGUUCAAAUCCAAGGCGGGCCUCAACUACCACACCAUGGCCGAGCACAGCGCCAAGCCCUCCGAUCUCCAGGCUGCCGAGCUGAGUGAGCAGGAGGAGCGGGAGAGGCUGCGCAAGGUGCUGAAGCAGAUGGGGCGGCUGCGCUGCCCCCAGGAGGGCUGUGGGGCCGCCUUCUCCAGCCUCAUGGGCUACCAGUACCACCAGCGGCGCUGCGGCAAGCCGCCGUGUGAGGUGGACAGUCCCUCCUUCCCGUGUGCCCACUGCAGCAAGACCUACCGCUCCAAGGCCGGGCACGACUACCACAUGCGCUCGGAGCACACCGCCCCGCCCCCUGAAGAGGCGGAGGACAAGCCCCCCGAGGGGGAGGACCUGCUGGGGGUUGAGCGGACCCCCAGCGGCCGCAUCCGCCGCACCUCCGCCCAGGUGGCCGUGUUCCACCUGCAGGAGAUCGCGGAGGACGAGCUUGCGCGAGACUGGACCAAGCGGCGGAUGAAGGAUGACCUGGUGCCUGAGACCGCCAGGCUGAACUACACCCGCCCGGGGCUCCCCACGCUCAGCCCCCAGCUGCUAGAGGCCUGGAAAAGCCAAGUCAAGGACCGAGGCCACGUGAACUGCCCCAAUGAUUGCUGCGAAGCCAUCUACUCCAGCGUGUCCGGCCUCAAGGCCCACCUCGCCAGCUGCAGCAAGGGUGACCACCUGGUGGGGAAGUACUGCUGCCUGCUGUGCCCCAAAGAGUUCAGCUCGGAGAGUGGCGUCAAGUACCACAUCCUCAAGACGCACGCCGAGAACUGGUUCCGUACCUCCGCAGACCCACCACCCAAAGCCCGGAGCCAGGAGGCACCGGCCCCUAGGAGUGAGCAGGGCAGCCUGGCAGGUGGGCGGAAACGUGGGCGCAAGCCCAAGGAGCGGCCAGCCGAGGAGACCCCCCCCAAGACACCCCCUCACCAGGAUGACUGGUCCCUGGGAGGCAGAGACAAGGGAGCACGGGCAUCCACUGGCCGCAAAGUGGGAACCGGCAAGGCACCCGAGAAGUGAGUGGGCAGGUGGGCCAGCCAGGCCCAUGCGGGGAGGGGGAGCUGGCCUGGGCCUCUUGACCCGUGGCUCUGUCCCCCUCCCUACCUGUUCAUCUGUCCAGUGGUCCCCCCGGGCACCAGACGUUCGUAGGCAGGCAGCGGCCACGUGGCUGGAUGGGGGUCUGGGGCUCCCCGGGGGCUGAGCCUGAGGGGGCUUCCCAGCCAUCCCACACACCCGCACACCUCCUGCACCCUGUCCGCUCCUCAGGCCCUGCUGGGCCCGCACUCUGCCCCCAAGACGCUGGAUUCUUGGUGACUGGUGGUUCUGGUUCUGGUUCACGACGCUGGACCCCAGCUACCUCCCAGAACAGAUCCUGAGUCUACAUGCGCUGCCUCCCGGCCCGUCCUGCUUCUGAUCUCUACCUCUCCACCUCCCUCCUCCCUCCUCCCUCCCCUCCAGUCCACCACCCCUGCUGGGCACAGCCCCUACCCCUGUCCCGUGGCCAGUGUGGCUGCUCUGCAUAGUGAGGGCAGAGCAGGGUGCAGCUCCCAGCCCCGGGCUGAGGGCUGCGGCUGCUCUGCUGACCCUGCCGGCUUUGUGGGCUCAAGAGACCUGGCGAGAGGAAUGGCGCGGUGGGGUGUGGCCCUCUCUGCCCUCUGGCCCUCUCUGCUGUGUGUUCCGGGGGACUUAACCCAGGCCACAGCGGGCAGUGACCCCGUGGGCCUGAGGGUGGCCGGGUCGGCUGGCGCAGCACCCAGAGGGCAGUGGAGGGAGAGGAGGGGAUACUGCUGCUGGGGGCCGGGUGGACAGAGGGUUGGGCCUUGCGAUCCUGGAUGCUGUGAAGUUUGAUAUUUCCCGUGUGUGUCUCCUGGGUGUAGUAGGUCCAGUCUUGUUGCUGUGACAAGUAACCUUUUUUUUAAAUUGUUUUUUAUACAAAAACUCACAACAAUUCGACAUUUUGGUGCUAAGGGUUUCCUGGUGCCGAUGGUGGGCCUGGGGCUGCUCAGGGAGGCACUUCUGACUGCCCCCUCCCCCGCCCGUGUGGGUCCUGCUUAGUGCGCCCCCUCAGGGUCAGCUCCAGGGCUGGAAGACCCCGCCCUCCAGCCAUCCCUGUGUGGCCUGGCCUGGUGUCCAGGGAGCGGUGUGGAGCCCACACUCCGACAUUCCUUGGCUUGAACAAAGAGCAGAGUCAGGUAGGCUGUGAUGGGGGCCAGAGGUCAAGGGACAGCAGGGGCAGGCUCGGGCUGGAGCCGUCAGCAGGGUGGUGUUCAGCUGGCAGUGCAGGGCCAGUGUGUGUCUCUGUCACCCACUGUUGAGUGAGGUGGACCUCAGCACCUCUGCUGGGGUGGCUGCUCUCUCCAGCCUCUCAGGUACUUGGCCCUUCGGGAGCAGGGGGCUGGUUUUGGCUGGGGGGUGCAGUUCCAGGUCAUCCCCAGAGUCCACAGGGCGUCCCUGGUGUGGAAGGAGGUGGUGGCCUGGGAAACCUGGCGUUUAGCACUUUAACCCCUGCUCUACCUGCACAGAGGGCGCAGGGCUGAUGCCGCAAGUGGCUGCUGGGUGAGACCCUGUCUGCUGUACCUCUCUACUUGCACGCUCUGGCGGUAGGGGGUCUGCACAGCCCCCUCCCACUGGCCUUGGCCGAGCCCUCCAGUGAGAAGAGCCAGUGUGCAGAGUGGGUGGCAGGCCUGGGCUCUGCCCGGCCCAGCGCAGGUGCCAGCCCCUUUGUGAAGAUCUACCUCCGACCCAGUGCCCAGCCCUGAGAACAGGCAGGGCCGCCCCUGGGCCCCAGCCAGGGCCACUUGCAGCUUCCCGUGUGACCAGCAGCCCAGCCUCCCUGCUUCAGGAGGGAAAGAAGGGGCGAGCAGGGGCCGGGAGAGCUGCUCCAGGCCUCCUGCCAGGCGGGGCCCAGGGCGACAUGGUCUGGAGCCCGGGGCCCUGGUGGGCACGUUCGCUUAGGUUACUCCAUUUGGGUUUCUAAUGCCAGUUCUCAGUACAUAAGUGCAUUUUGAAAGAGAGGUUCCAGCUGCCACUUGUAACCAUAUAUAUACAUAUAUAUUAUAUCUACAAAGUGUUUAUUUGCAAGAUGUUCUGACGGUAAGCUUGGGCCCCGCCCGCCCUGUGACCAUCUGUCCCCGGCUCUGUCCCCGCUACCCGAGGUGGCGUGGGGACGGGCCACCAACUGUAUGUAUUAAAGAUGACUGUAUCGAAUAAAUGUUUAUUGAUUUUUUUUCCAGGG